AUGCGGGGACGUGCUCCCGGGCUGGCCAACCCCCGGGCCCCGCAGGGCCGGCCGGGCCCUCACACUGUGCCCUCGGGUCUCCGCAGGCUGAACCUCCGGGAGCUGGGCCCCUGGGCCGCCCACAUGCGCUGGCCGGUCUGGGUCAUGGCCUCCGUGGGCACCGUCUAUGUCUUCUUCUUCCGUGAGCGGUACAAGCUGCUGGAGCUGCUGUGCUACGUGAUCAUGGGCUUCUUCCCCGCCGUGGUCAUCCUGUCCAUGCCCAACGGGGAGGGCCUCUGGGAGCUGCUGACCGGAGGGGCCUUCUGCCUGGGCACCGUGUUCUUCCAGAGCGACGGCGGGUGCCCUCGCCCCGCCAUCUGGCACCUCUUUGUGGCGCUCGGCGCCCGCACCCACUGCUACGCCGUCCGGAGGUACCUCCACCUGCCCGGCGCCCUGCCGGCCGAGGUGGCCAAGCGAGGGCCCUGCCGCUGCCCUCCCACCGCCCUCCCGCCGCCCCCCGCGGGCACAGCCGCCCCCCGCGGGCACAGCCGCCCCUUGCGGGCACAGCCGCCCCCCGCGGGCACAGCCGCCCCUUGCGGGCACAGCCGCCCCCCGCGGGCACAGCCGCCCCUUGCGGGCACAGCCGCCCCCCGCGGGCACAGCCGCCCCCGCGGGCACAGCCGCCCUCCGGGACGGUGA